AUGGCUCAACUCACGGGUACUGGCGGAAGCAAGCAAGUUGAAGAAUUGCUCCGAGACGCCAAACCAGGUGACAUGAUCGAAAUUGAUCGCCACAAGGGACUCUACCAGCAUUGGGGAGUUUAUAUUGGUAAUGGCGAAAUAAUUCAUCGAGCGCCACAUGGUGAUAGUGCUGAGCAGUUUGCUAGAUCUUCAGAAGCUGUAAUAACAUCCUUUGGUACGCGAGUCAAGCCAUCACCGGAGGAGGAAAUUCUUGAGAGAGCACAUAGUCAUCUCGGUGAAGGCGGUUACAGUUUAACAAGCAAAAACUGCGAGCAUUUUGCCACUCAAUGUCGUUAUGGUCAAGAAAAGUCUCGCCAAGUAGAAGACGGUGUAGCGACCGCAAUUGGCAUUGGAGCUGGAGUAGUUGUAGCGGGUUCACUUGCCGCCGGUGCUUAUAUCUAUCAUCGUUCGCGAAAAGAAAGUAGAAGACAAUAA